UGUAAGCUUGUAAAGGAUUGCGAUGUGCCUGCAAGUGGGUGGAUUUGGAGCAAACGCCCUGGAGUAACCUCUGGUUAUUCACCUUUCUGAAUUAAUCAGUGCCCUGGAAGUGCAGACUGUCAAACGAAUCCUUUCUGUCGUGUCUGAGUGGGGGGAGGACAACAUAGCGAGGGACUGGGAGCUCUAGCGAUUGGCUGAACUGGAUCACCUCAUGGAGGAAAAAAAAUGAUUAAAAAAUCCGCCCCUCGAUUUGAAUACAGUCAGUGGAUUUUUUUUCCACGGUGGGGGGGGAGUUAAGCAGAGGAGAGAAGAAAACCAGAGCAGCCUUCUGCUCGCUGGCUAGUUAAGGUUUAGCACAUGUGCUGUAAAAGUGCAUCAGCGAAAAUUUAGCUAUGGUUAAAUUCUUGUAAGUCUUAUGUGAAGUUCACACAGAAAUCAUGGACUGCACGUUUGAAGAUAUGCUGCAGCUGAUUAACAACCAGGAUGGCGAGUUCCCUGGUUUGUUUGAUAGUCCUUUUGGUGCGAGCACCCCACUGCAGGACAGCAGUUCGGCUUCCCUGUCUAACCAGAGCUCGCUGAACCUGUCCCUGGACAGCAUCUUGGGGAGUGGUAACAAGUCGCCAGCCUCUGUGAAAAUGUUCCAGCCACCUCCUCACCAGCAGCAACAUCAACAGGUCUUACCGCAGCCCCUACAGUUUCCCUCACAGCAGGUCAAGCAGGAAGGGAGCCCCAUGCAACUAGGUACACAAAAGGCCAUCAUGAUGUCUCCAAGCUUUACAGUCUCCCCACAGCCACAGUUCACUCAGCAGCAACCGUUGCUGAACUACCAGAACACAAAUACAUUUACAGUGUUACAACAGGGAAUGGCACCACAGCAACUCCAGGACCUGGUGGCUCCUCAGCAGUUGCAGCCCAUGGCGGUUCAGGCCCAGACACUGCCCACACAGCAGCUCCUGGCUCCUGCAUCGACCUGCACAACUCCCACUAUUCCAGCACAGAUCCAUCAGGUUCCGGUCCUCUUUCAGCCUCAGUUCAUUAAGGCUGAUUCACUGCUGCUGACAGCAUUGAAGCCAGACGGAAGCACCAUGGUAACAGCAGUGAAGACUCCUACCCUCUCCACCCUGGCCACCAGCGCCCCGACUCUGGUCAGUGGGAAUACCAUUUUGACAACAGUGAUGGUGGACACGGAUAAACUGCCUAUCAAUCGCAUGCCAACCAACGGCAAACCUUCUAACGCCCCAAACAAGGGGGAGAAACGCACGGCUCAUAACGCUAUCGAGAAGCGCUACAGGUCGUCAAUCAAUGACAAGAUUGUGGAGCUCAAAGAACUUAUUGUGGGCACUGAAUCCAAGUUGAACAAGUCAGCAAUCCUGAGGAAGGCUGUCGAUUAUAUCCGCUUCUUGCAACAUAGCAACCAGAAGCUGAAACACGAGAACACGGCGCUGAGGAUGGCAGUACAGAAAAAUCAGUCUCUGAAAGACAUUGUGGCUUCCAAUGGGAUAAGUAUGGAUAGGAAGAUGGAUGGAUUCAAACUGGAGUCCGACAUAUUGAGUCCUCCACCUUCAGACGCUGGCUCCUCACCUCAAAGCAGCCCCUUCUCGCUGAGCAGCAGUGACUCGGAGCCGGAGAGCCCAAUGUUUGAGGAUGCCAAGGUGUUUGUCAAACAAGAGCUGGCAUCAUCCAGCAGCAUUGGCAUGCUUGAUCGCUCCAGGAUGGUACUUUGUACCUUUGUCUUCCUGUGCCUAUCCUUCAACCCACUGGCAUCGCUGAUUGGCCGGUCAGACAGCAGCAGCUCCCUGGAGCGCGGGCCGUACCAUGGCGCCGGCAGGAGUAUGUUGGGAGUUUCUGCAGAAGUGGACACAUCUGGUUGGCUGGCCUGCUUCUGGCCCACACUAACCCUCUGGCUCCUCAAUGGAAUCAUUGUCCUGGGCGUAAUCAUUAAGAUUUUCGUCUAUGGCGAGCCUGUGACCCGGCUGCACUCGGAGUCGUCAGUCCUGUUCUGGAGACACCGCAAACAGGCUGAUCUGGAUCUGGCCAGAGGUGAUUUUGCUCAAGCGUCCCAGAACCUUUGGACCUGUUUGGAAGCCCUGGGCCGGCCCCUCCCCACCUCCAAGCUGGACCUCGCCUGCAGCCUGAUGUGGAAUCUGGUCCGGCACGUGCUACAGCGGCUGUGGGUGGGCCGCUGGCUGGCGGCGCAGGCGGGGGGCUUCUGGCGGGAUAGUGAGCUGACGAAGGACGUCGGGAAGAGCGCUCGCGACGCAGCCCUGGUCUAUCACAAGCUGCAUCAGCUUCACCUGACUGGUAAGCUGGGUGGAAGCCACCUGUCGGCCAUUAACAUGGCGCUGAGCUCGGUGAACCUGGCCGAGUGUGCUGGCGAGGCCGUCUCCAUGGCAACUGUGGCUGAGAUGUACGUCGCAGCGGCCAUUCGUAUCAAGGCCAGCCUGAACAGGAGGUUCCACUUCAUGACUCGCUUCUUCCUGAGCAGCACCAGACAGAUCUGCCUGUCUCACAGCGGCACUGUGCUGCCCACAUUGCACUGGCUUUGCCACCCACUGGGACACAGGUUCUUUGUGGACGGAGACUGGAGCGUGAAGAGUGCCCCCAGAGACAGCACCUACAGCAUGCUGGGCAACACGGUUGAUCCUUUGGCUCAAGUGACACAGGCCUUCCGUGAGCAUCUGCUGGAGAAGGCCUUAUACUGCAUGGCUAAACCAGAGAGCAGCAAGCGCUCAGCAAGGGAAGGAGGGGAAUUCUCCGACGCUCUGGAGUACUUGCAGCUACUGAACGGCUGUUCUGACGCUGCCAGAGUGACCACCCAGACCUUUGCCCUCGGCUCCAGCGUGGCAGCCGUCACAGGCACAGAUCCGGUUGCUAAGUGGUGGGCUUCCAUGAUUAUCGUUGCCAUCAAUUGGUUGCAAGGAGACGAUGAGGCAGCAGAACGUCUCUAUCCAGUAGUGGAAUCCAUGCCCAAGGUCCUGCAUGCGGAUGAGAGCUCGUUGCCGAGGGCAGCUCUCUUUGCCUUCAAGGCCGUGCGGGCCCUGCUGGAUGGCAGCCAGGUGAGCCAGGUGCACUGCGAGAAAGCCAGUGGGUGUCUGCGAGACAGCCUCAACACAGCCCCUCACGUCAGAAGCAGCAUUGACAAGGCCGUCCAACUCCUGCUCUGUGACCUCCUGCUGGUGACCAGAACCACCGUCUGGCAGCAGCAGAUCAGCGGGAGCCAGUCCAGGCUUGGUGCUCCCCAGGCGUCGCUGUUAGAGCUCCGAGGCUUCCAGCAGGACCUCAGCAGCCUGCGAAAACUAUCACAGACUUUCAGACCCGCUCUGCGAAGGGUGUUUCUGCACGAAGCGACGGCGAGACUGAUGGCAGGAGCCAGCCCCACCCGCACUCACCAGCUGCUGGACCGCAGUCUACGUAGGAGGGUCCCAGCCCCACUCCCCAAAAGUAACGAGGGCGAGACCCACCCGGGGCAGCGGGAACAUGCCGAAGCCCUCCUCCUGGCCUGUCGCUACCUGCCUCCCAGCUUCCUGUCGGCUCCGGGCCAGCGGGUGGGAAUGCUGUCCGAGGCUGCCCGGACCCUGGAAAAGAUUGGAGACAAACGCACCCUUCACGACUGCCAGCAAAUGAUCAUGAAACUGGGCAGCAGCACCACUGUCACCACGAGCUGAAGAGACCCCCCGCAUGCACACUCAUUUACACACACAAUUCCACGUCCUCUACAAUCCCCCCCACCCACUGCCCUCCUACCCCACCCAGUGCUGGACUAUAGCGAGUGAAGCAUGAAGCCCCACACAUCAAAAGUGACAACUUGCGUCAAAAGUAUUUUCAUAGUUUUUAAAAACUCAAAUUGUACAUAAAAUAUUUAUAAUUUUUUUAAAAGAAAAAAAAACAUUGGGAUGCAGCCGAUUCAUUUUUAUAGAAUUUAAAAGCAUUCGUGUGUGUGUGUCUCUCUCUCUUGCUGGAAGCCUAGCAUCUGUUUUAAUACUGCAUCGGAGACCGCAUCAAUGAUAAUAAAUCGCAUCUGACCUAUUCUGUGCAAUAUACUUUUAUAUGAUUAAAAUAACUCAAGAAUUAUGAAAAAAACAAAAA